GAUGAUGUAUGAUAAAUGAGAGAAAUGGGCUGAAGCAUUUGUGAGUGGACAUUUUUUUGCUCGCAUGCGUAGCACGCAGCGAUGUGAAGGCAUGAAUAGGUAUGUGAAGGAUAGUCUCAGCUUCAGUGGAGUGAAAUUGAUUGAACUCAUUCCGCAGCUUGAUAAAGCAUUGGAACGACUUAGAAAUAAAGUAGCUGAAGAAGAUUUUCGAUCAAAUAACUCCGCUCAUGUACUUUCUACCCAACUCAGACAGUUAGAGAAGCAUGCCUCUACCAUUUAUACGGAUAAUGUGUUUCAACUAAUAUGUGUGGAGAUCGAUCGGGUUGGAGGACUGAUAACUUCAAGGAUUAUGCAUCUGAAUUCAUGUCGUGUGUACAUUACGUCUAGUUAUAACAAUGAUGAAGAGAAAGAGUGCACAACUACUUAUUACCAUCGGGAAAGUGAUCCUCGAGUAGUAUGCUCUUGCAAACUUUAUGAAUGUGAAGGCAUCCCAUGUUCUCAUUUAUUUAAUGUAAUGAAGCAUGAGCGCAUGAGGGAGAUACCUUUGUCCUUAGUAUUAAAGCGGUGGACAAAGCAAGCAAAAUCUGAAGUUCACUCCACAAUUCCCAAGGAAAAUAUGCCUAGUGAAGCUGCAUGGAGAUUUAAGUUAUUUAAGUAGCAGGGUAUCAUAUCUUGCUUCACAGACAAAGGAGGGUACCGACAUUUUGAAGAAAGAACUCAGCAGAUUGGAGCCGAUACUUGGAGAUGUUUUGAAGCAACAAAAAGAUGUAGGUGAUAGUCCAGAUCCAUGUAAUAACAUUGUAAGAUAUCCUAUCAAGGUAAGGAGCAAGGGCAUGCAAGGAAGCAAUGAACCAAAAACAAAGCCAAAAUGUCGUUUAUGCAGAAGCUAUGGACACAAUAAAACUACAUGCCCAUAGAAGAAUAGGGUACGUGGCAGAGUUAGAGUUGUGGCAAAAAAUAAACCCAAACUUCGACGGCUCAGUGAUAUUGAAGAUUGAGGCACGUUGUAAAUUCUAUCAUAGGAGCAAUUGUCAUUGUUGUUAUUAUUUUUCUUUUUUCCCCUCACUUGACCUAUAUUUUGUUGGUUUGAAUGAUGAUGAAUCUAUUUAUGGUUUUCCAUA